AUGCAAAGAAAAGCAAUGCCCGCAUCGGAAUGCGACUGUGUAUGCAAAUGCGCCUGUGAAAUUUUUUCUGUCGAGCGCACUAUUUUCUCUCUCUGUCUCUUUUUCUCUCUCAUUUUCUCUCUCUCGUUUCCUCUUUUCAUUUCUCUCUCUCUCUCUCUCUCUCUCUCUCUCUCUCUCUCUCUCUUUCUCUCUCUAACUUUCGUUCGCUUUCCCUUUCUCCCGGGCUUUCUCUUUCUCUCUCGCUUUCUCUCUCUUUUUCUAUCUUUCAGCUUUCUCUAUCUUUCGCUUCCUCUCUGUCUUUCUUUAUCCCACUCUUUCUAUAUAUCUAUACAUCUCUCUUUCUCGCUCUCUUUCUCUCUGUCUCUUUCUCUUUCUCUUUCUUUUCCAAUUUUUAUUUCCCUCUCUUUCUUUAUUUCAUUCUUUCUAUAUAUCUAUAUAUCUCUAUCUUUCUCUCUUUCUGUCUUUUACACUCUCUUUCUCUCUCUUUCUCUUUCCUAUAUCUCUCUCUUUCUCUUUCUAUCUCUCUUUCUUUAUUUCACUGUUUCUAUCUAUCUAUCUAUCUAUCUAUCUAUAUACAAUUACAUAUAUAUAUAUAUUUAUAUAUAUAUAUAUUUAUAUAUAUAUAUAUAUAUAUACAAUUACAUAUAUAUAUAUCUUCCUCGUGAUCUUUCUCUUUCUCUGUUUUUCUUUUCCUCUAUCUCUGUCUUUGUCUCUCUCUCUCUUUCUUUUUCUACCACUUUUUAUCUCAUUCUUUCUACGUAUUUAUCUAUCUAUCUAUCUAUCUAUCUAUCUAUCUAUCUAUAUAUAUAUAUAUAUAUAUAUAUAUAUAUAUAUUUCUCAUUCUUUUUCCCUUUCUCCCUCUCUCGCUUUCUAUUUCUCUCCCCCUUUCUUUCUCUCACUCUUUCUAUUUCUCUCCCCCUUUCUUUCUCUCACUCUUUCUAUUUCUCUCCCCCUUUCUUUCUAUUCUUUCUAUUUCUCUCCCCUUUCUUUCUCUCCUCUUUCUAUUUUCUCCCCUUUCUUUCUCUCCUCUUUCUAUUUCUCUCCCCUUUCUCUUUCUCUCCUUUCUAUUUCUCUCCCCCUUUCUUUCUCUCACUCUUUCUAUUUCUCUCCCCCUUUCUUUCUCUCACUCUUUCUAUUUCUCUCCCCCUUUCUUUCUCUCACUCUUUCUAUUUCUCUCCCCCUUUCUUUCUCUCACUCUUUCUAUUUCUCUCCCCCUUUCUUUCUCUCCUCUUUUCUUUUUCCCCCCUUUUUCUUUCUCUCCCCUUUCUAUUUCUCUCCCCUUUCUUUCUCUCCUCUUUCUAUUUCUCUCCCCUUUCUCCCUCUCUUCCCCCCUUUCUAUUUCUCUCCCCUUUCUUUCUCUCUCUCCUCUUUCUAUUUCUCUCCCCUUUCUUUCUCUCCUCUUUCUAUUUCUCUCCCCCUUUCUUUCUCUCCCUUUUCUAUUUCUCUCCCCUUUCUUUCUCUCUCUCUUUCUAUUUCUCUCCCCUUUCUUUCCUCUUUCUAUUUUUCUCCCCUUUCUUUCUCUCCUCUUUUCUAUUCUCUCCCCUUUCUUUCUCUCCUCUUUCUAUUUCUCUCCCCUUUCUCCCUCCUCCUUUCUAUUUCUCUCCCCCUUUCUUUCUCUCACUCUUUCUAUUUCUCUCCCCUUUCUUUCUCUCACUCUUUCUAUUUCUCUCCCCUUUCUUUCUCUCCUCUUUCUAUAUCUCUCUCCUUGCUAUGAUCAAGUUUAUUUCUCUAUCUCUCUUCUAUUUUUGA